GUGGCUCCGCCCCCUCACCCUUCUUCCUCCUGUGUCCCCAGGUGUGCCACGGACCACAACACGGACAACACUACACAGAUGCUGCAGGAGUGGCUAGCCGCUGUGGGUGAUGACUAUGCAGCUGUGGUCUGGAGGCCUGAGGGGGCGCCCAGGUCCUACCCAGAUGAAGAGGGUCCCAAGCACUGGACCAAAGAAAGGCACCAGUUUCUGAUGGAGUUGAAACAGGAAGCCCUGACCUUUGCCAGGGACUGGGGGGCUGACUACAUCCUGUUUGCAGAUACAGACAACAUUCUGACCAACAACCAGACACUGAGGCUUCUGAUAGAGCAGCGGCUGCCCGUGGUGGCCCCCAUGCUGGACUCCCAGACCUACUACUCCAAUUUCUGGUGUGGGAUCACCCCCCAGGGCUAUUACCGCCGCACAGCCGACUACUUCCCCACCAAGAACCGCCAACGCCGGGGCUGCUUCCGUGUUCCCAUGGUCCAUUCCACCUUCCUGGUAUCCUUGCGGGCUGAGGGAGCAGCCCAACUCGCCUUCUACCCCCCUCACCCCAACUACACCUGGCCUUUCGACGAUAUCAUCGUCUUCGCCUACUCCUGCCAGGCUGCUGGAGUCGCGGUCCACGUGUGCAACGAGCACCGUUAUGGGUACAUGAACGUGCCUGUGAAAUCCCACCAGGGGCUGGAGGACGAGAAGGUCAACUUCAUCCACCUGAUCUUGGAGGCGCUAGUGGACGGGCCCCCCAUGUGGGCCUCAGCUCACGUGUCCCGGCCCCCAAAGAAACCCAGCAAAAUGGGGUUUGAUGAGGUCUUUGUCAUCAGCCUGGCCCGCCGGCCCAACCGCCGGGAACGCAUGCUAAGCUCGCUCUGGGAGAUGGAGAUAUCUGGACGCGUGGUGGAUGCUGUGGAUGGCCGGACCCUCAACAGCAGUAUCAUGAGGAGCCUCGGCGUGGACCUGCUCCCUGGCUACCAGGACCCCUACUCAGGCCGCACACUGACCAAGGGCGAGGUGGGCUGCUUCCUCAGCCACUACUCCAUCUGGGAGGAGGUGGCUGCCAGGGGCCUGGCCCAGGUCCUAGUGUUUGAGGACGAUGUGCGCUUUGAGAGCAACUUCAGGGGGCGACUGGAGCGGCUUAUGGAGGAGGUGGAGGCAGAGAAGCUCCUGUGGGACCUGAUCUACCUGGGCCGGAAGCAGGUGAACCCUGAGCAAGAGGCAGCCGUGGGGGGGCUGCCACACCUGGUGGUGGCCGGGUACUCCUACUGGACGCUGGCGUAUGUCUUGAGCCUGGCGGGUGCUCGCAAGCUGCUGGCCUCCCAGCCCCUGCGCCGAAUGCUGCCUGUGGACGAGUUCCUACCCAUCAUGUUUGACCAGCACCCCAAUGAGCAGUACAAGGCGCACUUCUGGCCACGCGACCUGCGUGCCUUCUCUGCGCGGCCCCUGCUCGCUGCUCCCACCCACUACGCAGGGGACGCCGAGUGGCUCAGCGACACGGAGACAUCCUCACCCUGGGACGAUGACAGCGGCCGCAUCAUCAGCUGGAGUGGCUCUCACAAGACGCUGCGUGGCCCCCCCCCGGACCUGGCUGGCAGCAGCGGGCACAGUCUCCACCCCCACCACCCUCGGGACGAGCUCUAGGUCCAGGCAGUGACUCCAGAAGAGCUCUCAGGAGCAGGCCGCAGCUGGCCAGGGAGCGGACCUGGAGAUCGCUGGCAGGAGCCGCCACCAGAAGCCACAGACCCCAUAGAGACCCGACUGUCACCUUAGGCAUGGCCACUCUGCCCUCUGGCCCCACCUUACGUGGGGAGAAACCACUCAGAGAUGGGUCCCCUUCCCCGAAGUUCACGUAGCAAAAGGGCAGGGCUCCCAGGCCCUCUCACCCUCCUGACUCAGGAUCCGGGGCUGGGGGGGGAAGGUGGGGGGCUCCCCAGCCUUCAGUUCCAAGCUGGGCCGACACCAGGAGCCCUGCCUUCCCCGCAGACCCAACUGCUGGGGCCCCUCUGCCAUCUUCUACCUCCACCUCAGUCCCCUCCCGACUCGACGCCUGGGUCUCACCUGCCUGGGCCCACCCUCUCCCCUGGCCAGUGGGAAGUACAGGGGGGGUGAGAGGAGGGCCCUUGCAGACUUGGUGCCCAGCACAUGGUAGGCCCUCAAUAAAAGCCAGCUGGUAUGUGCACUUUAUAUGUCUAA